CUCGCUUCUAGUGAAAAUGGGUUUAUAGCACACCUCUGACGUCAUCUGGUCAGCAUAUUGCCUCUAAUCAGAAGGUUGAAGGUUGGCUUGAAACAUUAAUCGGUGUUGGACAUCGGCGCGUGCUCAGGGGAUGGUGAUUUUGUUGUCAUGGUUUCAGUCAUGAUGUCGCCAGGUUUGAUACAGCAUCUUUCCGUGUGUCUUCAUCCGCAGUAAAAGCGCACUUGGGGAUGGAGAAAGCGACAGCCUAAAGGAGCGCAAUUACUGCACACGGGGAGAAAUUACACCAGCUGGGCUUCAGUGUUCCUCUUCGCGCACCGGUGUUUUUUUUUUUUAAAGGGACGUACCGUUUAUCAUGUCUGCGAAGGAAAGACUCAAAGGCAAGAUGACCAAAGACAGCGUUACCUUGCUGCCCUGCUUUUAUUUCGUGGAGCUCCCAAUUCUGGUGUCCUCUGUGGUCAGCUUAUACUUCCUGGAGCUGACAGAUAUUUUUAAGCCAGUGCGUUCAGGCUACAGCUGCAAUGACCGCAGUCUCAGCAUGCCUUACAUUGAGCCCACAAAGGAGGUCAUCCCCUUCCUCAUGCUCUUCAGUCUGGCUUUCGCCGGGCCAGCAGUGACGAUUAUGAUUGGGGAAGGGAUCCUGUACUGCUGCUUGGCCAGAAGAAACAUCGCCAUCAAAACAGAGGCUAACAUAAACGCCGCCGGCUGCAAUUUCAACUCUUACAUCCGACGAGCUGUGAGAUUUGUGGGGGUCCAUGUGUUUGGCCUGUGCAUCACCGCACUCAUCACAGAUAUUAUCCAGCUGGCCACAGGAUACCACGCCCCCUACUUCCUCACUGUGUGCAAGCCCAACUACACCAGCCUCAACACUUCCUGUGAUGAAAACUCUUUCAUUGUGGACGACAUCUGCUCUGGGCCUGAUCCAGCAGCAAUCAACUCUGGCAGGAAGUCCUUCCCAUCUCAGCACGCCACUCUGGCAGCUUUUGCGGCUGUGUACAUCUCCAUGUACUUUAAUGCCACUCUGACUGACUCAUCUAAGCUCCUGAAGCCACUCCUGGUGUUUUCCUUCAUCAUCUGUGGCAUUAUCUGUGGCCUGACUCGCAUCAUUCAGUUCAAGAACCAUGCCGUGGAUGUCUACUGUGGCUUUCUCAUAGGAGGGGGCAUAGCCGUCUACCUGGGUCUGUAUGCAGUUGGAAACUUUAAACCUAGUGAAGACACAUCUCUAAAGACACAUGUACAUCCUCCUCUCCGGCAACCACAGCCACACAACCUCCACCACAACCAUCACCACCACCAACAGAGUAUCACCACCAUCCGAGUCACACCGGUGGAAGCCAGCAGUGAAGCCACCUCAGAAACUCUCUCCACCACCUCCAGUCGAGACUCCACACUACGCAGGAAAGGCAACAUCAUCCUGCUGCCCGACAGAGGAUCUAGUCCUGAUAAUGCCAGGAACCUGCCUCACUUUUUCAAACUCUCCCCUACACCCCCCCCCAUUUUGACUUUCAAGGAGUGAAAGAACCCUCUUUUCUUACCAAUCCUCUAAGAGUUGCCUUGCUCUCUGAACUCUGAAGACUGGAGGCUCUGUUAGGGGACUGCAUAGAGCCAGAGAUUCUGGACACAUGUACAUUCCCUGACCGUUAGACACAACUGCACUCUCCAGAACACGUAAGGCAACAUUGUGCAUUUUCAAUCUGCAUUCUAUAGGCCUCGUUACUAUAACAUAAGCACAAAAUAUUAAAUUUGAGCCUGUUUGGUAAAGGUGAUUGUUUGAUUUGCCUAUCUCAUUCGGAUUAGCUUUGUUAUCGAAUCCAUUGUCUUAUCGGAAUUGUCUGUUGUCUCAUGGCAACGUGGGUGCUUUUAAAAACUUUGCAAAUUUAUAUAUAUUUUCUCAAUAUAAAUAUUUGUAUGUAUACUGGACCAUUCAAUCACAUCUUUUCAUGCUUAAGGAGAAAAAUGGUUUUCACUAUGUUGCUUUUAAAUAUUUUAGCUGGGCUUUCAAUCAGACUCAUAGCUUUUAGACAAAUAGGAGAAUGUUAUUGUGACGUUUACAGAGGAUUUUAGCAACAAUGUAUUAACCAAAUGGAUGUUUUGUUUAGGGGGCUUGUUUAACCAUAUGCACUGUGUGUUUUAGUGACCAUGAAUGAGCAAUUUUCAUUCAAACAGCUGAAAGCGCUCUUUGCUGGCAUAGAGACAAUACAUUUAUAGAGACUCAGCCUUUGGCAUUGUAAUGCAGAGAACAAUACAUUCUUCAGACAUUAAUGUCAUAUUGCCUUUGUGUAAUAUAAAACUUUUAUUUGGUUCCUUAGGCCAAUGAGCACUAUUUCACUCAUAUAUAUUGAUUUGCAAGCCCCCGUAUUUUGUAGUGUGCUUUGAGCACAGGUAUAAUUGUAUUUUUUUUGGCCCAUUGCUGUAAGUUUACAGUGAUGUAUUGUGCAUCAUUUUCUUAGUUGUCCCCCCAUUUUGCCUGGCAGGAUGGGGUUAUAUAGCUACUGAGGUGCGUUGUCCUCUUUAUUUUUAAGAGUGUGGGCAUAAACAAAUGACUCAUACUUCACUGCACAUUGCAGAGAAGCAUACACAAUAUGAGAGCAAUAGGAAGCCCCCAAAGGUACUAUGGGAAUUCAUUGCUUAUUUUUGUAAACAUCUAAAAAAUACUAAUAAUCAUAUUCAUAGAGUGCCUCAAAAAGUAUUAUAUGCCUAUUAGCUAGUGAUAACUUAGCCCCAUCUUGCAGUAACUGUACAAAAAUGUUGCUGCUGUAAUGAUUACGGUGCAGAAUUGACAGAUGUUCAGUUUGCUUUUUGUGACUUUGCUUUAAAUAUCCACUGUCUGUGCCAUCAAAUGGCACUGAAGAAUAGGCACAGUCACUGCAUA